AAGUUCCAGCGCAGGUUCCCAACAUGGCGGCGGCGUCUCUGCGCUGAAGUUUGUACAACCGGAUAAACAACAAAAACGCGAAAUGUCCCGUCUCUUACACGCUUACUGCAAUAUCGUGGUAUUUAUUUAAGCGGUGUAAGACGUGAGGGAGGAAACCAUGGUAACGCCUCAUCGCGUUUAUUCUGAAAGUUAAAACUUUUUGUUGGUUAAAGCUAACCUGCUAACUCUAAAGCUAACCCUAGCCCUAGUCCGCUAGCUCUAAAGACACUUUUGUUAGCUCGACACUUUAUACAGUUUGGCAGCCGGGGGACGUGUUGUUUUCUCCCCCUGAGGACAGAUCAUGGCUCAGUCACCGGUGGCUGUUCAAGUUCCCGGAAUGCAGAACCCUCGAGCAGAUCCUGAGGAGCUCUUCACUAAACUGGAGCGCAUUGGUAAGGGGUCGUUUGGAGAGGUUUUCAAGGGUAUUGACCGUCGCACGCAGAACGUGGUGGCCAUCAAAACCAUCGACUUGGAGGAGGCUGAGGAUGAGAUUGAGGACAUCCAGCAAGAGAUCACUGUGCUGAGCCAGUGUGACAGCCCACAUGUCACCAAGUACUACGGCUCAUACCUGAAGGGCAGUAAGCUGUGGAUCAUAAUGGAGUAUCUUGGUGGAGGAUCAGCUCUGGAUCUGUUACGUGCCGGACCAUUUGAUGAGUACCAGAUAGCCACCAUGCUGAAGGAGAUUCUAAAAGGCCUGGACUACCUGCACUCUGAGAAAAAAAUCCACAGAGACAUCAAAGCCGCCAACGUGCUCCUGUCCGAGUCUGGUGAGGUGAAGCUGGCAGACUUUGGUGUGGCGGGGCAGCUCACGGACACGCAGAUCAAAAGGGAGACGUUUGUGGGAACGCCGUUCUGGAUGGCUCCUGAGGUCAUUCAGCAAUCUGCUUACGACUCCAAGGCUGAUAUCUGGUCCCUGGGCAUCACUGCUAUUGAGCUAGCUAAAGGAGAGCCGCCCAACUCAGACAUGCAUCCCAUGAGGGUUCUGUUUCAUAUCCCCAAGAACACCCCCCCCACCCUCAACGGUGACUUCUCCAAGACCUUCAAGGAGUUUGUGGAGUCGUGUCUGAACAAAGACCCUGCAUUUAGACCAACUGCUAAGGAGUUACUGAAGCACAAGUUCAUUGUAAAGAAUGCUAAGAAGACGUCGUACCUCACCGAGCUGAUCGACAGGCUGAAGCGCUGGAAAGCUGAAGGACACAGUGAUGGAGACUCUGACUCAGACUCUGACUCAGAGUCGAACAAUAAAGAAAGUGACCAGUCCCCUGAGUGGUCCUUCACUACUGUCCGUAAGAAGCCUGACAAACAGCCCAACGGUGUGGUGUCUCUUGACCAAGUGGUACAAAAGAAGUCUGCCAGUCUGUCCACGGUUAUAAGUCCCGUGUUUUCAGAGCUGAAGCUGCAGCACAGGGAUGGAGACACGAGGAGGAGUGUGAUAGAAGAUCUGGAGAAGAGUCUUUAUGCUGCUGAGGACAUCUGCCCUGGGAUCACAGACAAGAUGAUCAGUCACAUCCUCGAAAGGGUGCAGAGGUUCUCUGUGAGUUAGAGUUCAGAGUGGAAAUAAAACACCUCUGAAUAAGAAGCUGGACGACCAAACAGCUGUAGGGCUUCUACAAUCUGUUCUUCCUAUUCACUGAACAUUAAUACUUUAUACACACACACACAGGGGCAGGAGGGACUCAGGUCACACACACUAUCAUAACCAAAAAAGGAAUUUUCCUUUUUCAUGAAAGACAUAAAUAUAUUUUCUCUAGUUGUAUUUAUAACUUUUUCGCCAUGUGCUUUUGUUGAGAUUUCUGCUGGUGCCUGAUGAUGUUAGUGUUAUUGUAGAUUAUUAUUUUAUAACAGAUUGUGAGUCACAGACAUGCUUCUAGGUUUCCUGCUGAUCAUAAGGUGUGUGUGUGUGUGUGUGUGUGUGUGUGUGUGUGUGUGUGUGUGUGUGUGUGUGUGUGUGUGUGUUUGACCCUUUUGAGAAACUUUUAUUUUAUGUUUAUUUUAUGCUUCUAUCAGUAAUAUUUGUGUGGGAUUUAUUCCAACUUUUUAUGCCUUUUUUUUAAUGAGGGUUAAUUUUCUGUUCACUCUACAUACUGUUACGUGAAGCAUUACGACUGCUGUAUGGGGAAAACUUCAUAUCACAUUAAAGAAAACAUAGAAAUACCUCAAACAAACAAACCAAACAAUCCAUUGAACCAAGAUUUUUAAUUUAUACACACAUGGUGCUUUAUGGGAGAGGGAUUUUGCUGUGCAAAAGAGGUUUCUUUUUCUGACACCUGAGAUUAAAACAUAAAGACAAGUUUAUUUUAAAUUGGCCAUUUUUUCCUUCACAUGCUGGUAUGGGCUCGUAGCUGACGUGCUGGCGCUCGUAGCUCUCAUAGCUGACGUGCUGACGCUUGUAGCUCUCGUAGCUGACGUGCUGGCGCUCGUAGCUGACGUGCUGACGCUUGUAGCUCUCGUAGCUGACGUGCUGGCGCUUGUAGCUCUCGUAGCUGACGUGCUGACGCUUGUAGCUGAUGUGCUGAUGCUCAUAGCUCUUGUAGCUGAUGCUUGUAGCUGAUGUGCUGACACUUGUGGCUCUCGUAGCUGACGUGCUGACGCUCAUAGCUGACGUGCUGACGCUCGUAUCUCUCGUUGCAGGCUCUCGUAGCUGACGUGCUGAUGCUCGUAGCUCUCGUAGCUGGCGCUCGUAGCAGAGGUGACCCUUAUUGAUAAAUAUUUUGUCCUUUAUUUCUUUGUGAUGUCGAUAUAUAUAUAUAUAUAUAUAUAUAUAUAUAUAUAUAUAUAUAUAUAUAUAUAAAAUAUAAAAUGAGAGCUAUAUUAGAUUUACUGUACUUCUGAAGGAAAUGCACUGCAUACACUUUGUCCUGGGUGGGGACACACACACACUCCCCCCGCCCCACCCACACCCCCUGUCCCUUGAAUAGGUCCGGAGGUGACGAUCCAUGUCUCUAUCCAGUGGAAGUAAAACUCCUGCAGUUUCAGUACUAGAGAGAGCAGAAGCUCCGUGUCAGCAACAGCAUAGGAACUUGUGCUAACUUGUGAAAAUGGGAGCUUCUUUUGAGGAACGUCUUAAUAAUAUAGUGGUUAAUAGUCUAGAACGUUUCUGCCAAGCUUUUUAAACAUAAGGGUGCCAUCACUGGUAUGGUGGUGAGGAGAUCAGUGCUUCUGUUGGCUUCAAGGCAUUUAAUGCCAACAUUGUGCCUAAACUUUACUUCCCUAUGUAUGUUAUUAUUGUUAUUAUUAUUAUUGUUAUUAUGGUCUCUUUAUAUAACGCAUUAAGGACUUCACAUGUCGCCAGACUGAGGUUUAAGAGCAAUAAGGUGAUUGGUAAUUAUUUUUCUUUAUAGAUGUUGAUACCAGGCUCGGUUUUGUAAAUGUUCUCUUUUUGUAAAUAGUUUUUGAAAUUGCUCCGCAGGACUCAAAGCUGUAUCUUAUGUAUAAAUCUAUCUAUAGGCUUUUUUUUUUGCUUCAACUGUUACAAACUGUUUUAGUUUAACAAAUAAAGAUGUAAAUUAUGACACUG